AUGAAUUCGAUUAUUGAUGAAUCUGAUGAUGAACCAUUAUUAUACAUUGGUUCAAUGAGAAACGAUCAUAAAUUCUGUUCACAAUAUUACAUUGAAAUAAUUAGUUGCGUCAUAAUAUGUAUGUUCAUUACUAUGAUAAUUACCGGUGGAAUAUUCUUUGAAAAACAGUUAUUACUAUCUCCAACAUUCAAUAAAGGAUGUGACAAACAAUCUGAAACAGGUAAUUCAUGUUCAAUAUACAAUUUAGAAACAAUUGUAUUAUGUAAUUUGGAGAAACCAGUAUAUAAUAAAUAUCAUAAUUUUUCAUUCUUAUAUACCGCUUUAUCAAAAAGAAGUAUUAUUACAUUCGCAUUCGCUAGAGGUUGGAGGUGGUACCUAGAUGAUAUAUCUAUAUACGAUGUAUUAGAUAAAACUGAAUUGAUAAUAAAUAGUGGUUUUGAAAGUGGUAAAUUAGAUGAGUAUUGUGUAUGUGAUUCGACAAGGGAUCCAACUGAAGUUCGAAGAUCAAUAGUAAAAUCAGGUUCCUAUGCAUGUUAUAUUGAUAAUUUUUUUAAACCUGUUAAAUUAUCACAAGCAGUAAAUACGAUCAGUGGACGUAAUUAUACUAUUAGUUUUUCGCUUCAAAGUGAAUUAUAUCCUAAUAAUAAUCAAGUGACUGUAUAUAUGAGUAAAGCAUUUAAUUUUAAUGAACAUUUUUUAUUGUUAUUACUAAAAAGAUUUAUUAUAAUUUUUCUUAUUUUCUAUAUUAUUUAA